AGGCGGCUGCCGAAGAUGGCGGAGGGGCAGGUUCUGGUGUUGGAUGGCCGAGGCCAUCUUCUGGGUCGCCUGGCGGCCAUUGUGGCCAAGCAGGUACUGCUGGGCCGAAAGGUGGUCGUUGUUCGCUGUGAGGGCAUCAACAUUUCCGGAAACUUCUACAGAAACAAGUUGAAGUAUCUGGCCUUUCUCCGAAAGCGGAUGAACACCAACCCCUCCCGAGGCCCCUACCAUUUCCGAGCCCCGAGCCGCAUUUUUUGGCGCACUGUGCGAGGCAUGCUGCCCCACAAGACCAAGCGAGGCCAGGCUGCCCUGGAACGCCUCAAGGUGUUGGAUGGGAUCCCUCCACCCUAUGACAAGAAAAAGCGGAUGGUGGUCCCUGCCGCCCUCAAGGUUGUGCGGCUGAAGCCUACCAGGAAGUUUGCUUACCUGGGGCGUCUGGCUCAUGAGGUCGGGUGGAAGUACCAGGCAGUGACAGCCACUCUGGAGGAGAAGCGGAAGGAGAAGGCCAAGAUGCACUACCGGAAGAAGAAGCAGCUCUUGAGGCUACGGAAACAGGCAGAAAAGAACGUGGAGAAGAAAAUCUGCAAGUUCACAGAGGUCCUCAAGACCAAUGGACUCCUUGUGUGAGCCCAAUAAAGACUCUUUGUGCCUCAUGCCUGCCUGGCCUGCUCUUCCUCCACCGCCGAAUAGGGAAGUGGGGACAAAGGUGCUUUAGGCACUGCUCCUGUGGGAAAGAGGGUGUUUUUAUAAAAGCUCUGAGCUGGAAUUACUUGGGCUUUAGUGUUAAUGACUGGGCUGCUCAGCCCAUCAAUGUAUUCUGCAGCUGUGAGGAUGGAGACCUAACAUCUGGGCUGGGAUUCAGAAGUGCACAUUGGGAAGCCACUGCCUUUUCCCCUUCCCAGCGCUGCUCAAAAAGUAAUUUUACUUUUUGCUGCAGCAUUCUGUUGCUAAUAAAUUAUUUGACU